GGAGGAGGAGGAGGAGGAGGAGCGGUCCCCGGGGGAGCCUGCGGGGCGGCGGCGGGGCCGGUGGGGCCGCGAAGGGAGGCGGAGGUGCGGUACCUGGACGUCCGGCAGAGCCUGCUGCGGGAGCCGCGCGGAGGUGAGGAAAACUUAGUUCUUUUAGAUGGAAGACAUGAAUUUCCCUUCAGCAUUUCAACUCCCACAAGAGCCUCUGGUGACCUCUUUCACUGGGAAGUAUGGCAGUAUUCAGUACUAUGUGAAAGCAAUUCUGGAAAGACCUGCAGCACCUGAUCAAAGUGUACAGACGGAGCUUCAGGCAUUAGCCAUAUCGACGUCAACUCACCAGCUUUAUGACACCUGUUCUAAGAAGUCAGGAGAAGAUGGUUGGUUGUUGGUUUUUCACCUCUGGGCCAGUGUCUCUGAGUGCCAAAAUUGAGAGGAAGGGAUACUGUAAUGGGGAAGCCAUACCAAUCUAUGCAGAAAUUGAGAAUUGCUCUUCCCGCUUGAUUGUUCCUAAAGCUGCCAUUUUCCAAACACAAACUUACCUGGCCAGCGGGAAGACAAAAAGUUUCCGUCAGAUGGUUGCCAAUGUGCGAGGAAACCAUAUUGCCUCGGGGAGUACAGAUACCUGGAAUGGGAAAACUCUGAAAAUCCCACCUGUGUCCCCCUCUAUCCUUGACUGCUGUAUUAUUCGAGUAGAAUAUUCAUUAGCUGUGUAUAUUCAUAUUCCUGGUGCUAAGAAAUUGAUGAUUGAAAUGCCUCUAGUGAUUGGCACUAUUCCAUGUAUUAGCUUUUCAAGCAGAAACUCCAGCAUUACCAGCCAGUUUAGCGUGGAUAUGAGUUGGCUGGCGUUAACCCUACCAGAACACCCUGAAGCACCACCAAAUUAUGCUGAUGUAGUGUCUGAGGAAGAGUUUUCCAGACAUGUUCCUGCUUAUCCACCACCAAUUGACUGUGAGGAACAAUUGUGUUGUCCUGUGUUUGCUUACAUACAAGAGUUCCGGUUUCAGCCUCCACCUCUUUAUUCAGAGGUUGAUCCACAUCCAACUGAUGUAGAAGAAGUUCAGCCUGUUUCAUUCAUGCUUUGAAGAGGAUUUGUGAUGAAUGUCUUAUCUUUCUGCUGCUUCAGCUGACAGUGCAACUAAAAAGGAGACAGUUUUCUUCCUCAAAACUGAAGUCUGUGUACAAAAAAAGGCAAAAGAAAAUGGAGACGGAGGUAUGAGCACGUUUGGUGAUGGAGGAGAAUCUUCUGGAUUAGUCUGCACAAAGGAUGUUGUAGGAGCAAUUAUGAUUGGGGUACAUGAGAAGUACUGGAAAAUACUGAAUGUGUUCUAAAAAGUGAAUGUACUGCGUAAAGUGCACAGUGGAAAUGUAAGGAUCUUCUGAAGAGAAAAAGAACUUAUACUUUGUCACUCUGGAAGAAUUCAAGUAAUUAUGUUCAGAACUUUGUAGAAGAACAGAACGUAGGGUAAGAAAAUAUUUCCAAAAGAUUGCCCAGAGCUCAAGGGGCUUCAGUUUCACACUAUCUGCAUCCAAGAACGGAACGCUACUAAAAUGUGGAGCAAAAUCUUCACUUUAGCUUAACUUCGUUUCAUGAGAGCCUGCCCUUUUAACUGUCAAGUGUUAAUUUUUUCAUCAUUUAUACUGAUUCUAAAGAUAUCAUGGAUGACAGAAUAACUGUUACGCAAUAUUAAGAAGGCAACCAUUUACUGAAUGAAAGACACAAAUCUGUAAAAAGAAAACUGAACUUUGAUACAAGCUUAUGCACUAUGCUCUCUUUCAAGGGGUUUCUUAAGGGAAUUAUUCUGGCCUCUUCUACUGUGUAGUUUUUUUUCUGCAUCUUGCAUCUAUGGAUGGCAUGAUAAGGGGAAGCAUGGCAAGGGAAGAUCCUUCUGCUGACAGGUGUACUAAGCAAAAUGGACAACACUUAAUUUAUUCAGAAGCCUUUAUAAACCUACCUCUGUUUUGGAAAUUCACUUAUUUUCAGAGCUGAGACUCAAAAAAAAAAAAAAAAGUCUAGUUAAAGCUCCAACAUACUUCAAGAUUCUAAAAGGGACCCUAAAUGGUUUCUGUGGUUAGUGAAUGAGAUUGGAGGCAUAGGGAGAAGCAUAAAUAUACCCAGAAUAGAUACAGCUUAUAACUGAAGUGGAAGCAGACAUCAGGGGAACAAAAUCCUCUGAUAAUGGCACAACGCUUCUCAUUACUCCUGCAUUUUUGUCUAUAGAUCUAUUGUCAGGGGCUGCACUGGUCAUUUGGUAUCCAUAUUGUUUUUUGUGUUUCCUUGUUUGUUUAUGCUGUUUAAUUUUGUUUUGGUGCAAUAUUCUAAUGUUUUCUUCCUCAGGUCACUUAGAACAGUGAGUUUGUUGCUGCUAAGAACGAAGGCACGUGAUUUUACUUGGCCCUUUGCUGCUUUCAUUUAAAGUAGAAUGUUUGCUUCCUGCCAAGCAUCAGUUGGAAUAAGUAACCCACCAUGAACAGAUCACUUAAAGGAGCAAAAACACAGCAUUCUUAAUAUGCAUGUUUACAGUCAAGUCUUUAUACAACAGGGGAUCUUGAACUGUUAGAAUUACUCCAUGUGUCUUACAGAAAGGUUUGGGUUAAAACCCAGUGCUUCAUGUGGUUAAAACAUUGUACUUUCAGAUAACUACGAGAACAGUAAUGGAGUUUCCUUCAUUUCAUCCAUAACUGCAGUUUAAAAAAGUUUUGAAUGCUUUUUUUUUUUAUGAAAUCUGUCUUCAUUCAAGAAGCAGGGAUUUUUUCUACAGGCAUAUAUGGAUAUAUAUUUUUAGUCUCCUUUUGGUAUGACUUCCUUACAUUGUUGAAUUUCUAGCACUUCACCUCAAGUCACUUUUACAUCAGUGUAAAAGACAUGCUGAUGGAGAUUCACAUUUCUAAACUGCAGUUACUUUUUCUCAUUUGCAAAUUUAAGUAUUGUCAUCUAUAGCAAAUGCAGCUUUAACCAAAAGUUGAGUGCAUGUUUUAUAAAGGACAUUAUAAAAAUGAGUAUUUCUCCACUUAAGUCUCAAGAUGUAGCUCCUUAGGCCUUUUUAUUUAAGUGAUGGCAAGUCCAUAUAAUCAAUGCAGGAUUUACAUCACCUGGAAAAGGGAACAAGCAUAAUGUCCUUAAACAGAUACCAUUAUGGCUACUUGAAAAACACUAUGGCUGUGUAUUAAUUUGCAUGUUAACAAUUCAAAAUACUAGCUUAAAGAAAAUUAGGUGCUUUUUUUUUUGACUUUAAUACCUUAUAGGUGAUGUGUGCUACCUGGCUAGUUGUUUGGUAUAAACAUGGUCAAGCAAACAAAAGCAUGAAGGGUAAAGAUGUGCUUUUUUUUUUCUUGAAUUGUUUUUCAUUAUUUGCAGAUAAACUGUGGCCUUAGAUUGUUUGCUGCAAAAAAAAAUAUAUAAAAAAAACUAUAAUGUGCUUCUUAGGAAGCACACAUGGUCCUUCAAAGGGGGGUUGAAAACAAGAUCAAAUUCUGCUCUCUGACACUUGGCUUAGUGCAGAAACUGGUCCUUUAAAUAAAUACUGUUUGCACAAUAAUAAGUUCAAUAUGCAGGGGGUUUGUUUUGAUAACUUAACUGUGAAACAGUUGAAAAGAGACAAAAGAAAAAAAAUGCUGUUAAACUUUAACAUACGGGAACAUGAUUGUAUUUUGUACUAAUGUAUGAGCCCUAUGGGCUCUUUUUUGUUAAUAAAAGUGUAAAACCUG